UAUAGAUGUCUAUGCAGCUAGCUCGCUCGCCCGGCGAGCUAGUUGCGCCGGCGGCCGCGCCGGAGCCCCUGAGCCUGGCCGCCCGAUACCGGUAUAUCCUCGAGCUCGUAGCUAGGCGACUGAACUCAGCUUGUUACUUGUUAGAUGUGAGCAGGCAGGAUCUCAUCUUAUUUCAUCAUGCACAACGCAGCUGAUGCAGAUUUGAGUUGUGGGAUGUGCUAGUCAACAUGUGGUAGUCUAACGCUAGAUCUGCAACAAAGCUAUCCGAAUUCCAAUACCAAACUUGGCCAUGUUGGCCUUGGCUGCAUUCAACUGUUGAACUUGAAGUUCGACUUCAAGAGGUCAAGCUCACCCUAGGCCAAGGCCAAGGCCAGGGUUCAUUACCACCCUGCCUAGCCUGACUACAGGUACGUAGGUUUGCCCCAGGGACCUCGACACGUCUUCAGACAGCAGUACCGUACGGUACGUGUUCGGGCUGCCGCAGUAACAGUUCAAAAUGGGAAGCAGCAUCCUGCCUUUGCACCAGACAGCCUGUAGCACAGUUUGUGGAGCCUUGCUUGAUCGCAGUGAUCCACAUUCUGAAGACAAUAGGAGGACAGGAAGACAUCUUGUAGAGCAAUUGAAAAGCAAUGUCUUUGCUCCCAUUAGUGGUGAUGUCCUCAAGAUGUUUGUGAAAAGGUACCCAUCUUGUUUGACAUCGGAUCUUUUGCUCCUCCUAGCUCCACCUCAUCUGAGAGUCUUGGACCUUACUAAAUGCCACAACAUUGGAAAGUCCGAAAGUGACCUGCGAGCUCUCCGACAAGCUUUUUCCAGAUGCAAAUACCUGCAAAGUUUAGUUCUGAAUGAAAUGAGAAGUGAGGCUCACAACACUGAAGCUUUGAUUGAAGCUGUUGUUGAAACAGCACCUCAACUGACUUCAAUUUCAAUGGAGCGCAUACCAGUAAUUGAAGACAAACAUGUUCAGAUUUUACUGAGAGGAUUACCUUUCCUGACUUCCCUGAAUUUGUCCAUGUGUGAAUGCAUUACGGAUGAUGUCUUCUAUAUGAGUCAGGAUCAACUCUCAGAGAUUAGGCCAUGGAAAGGUAACAGUUUUCCUGGGAACCAUCUUGCAUCAGUGGACCUCUCUGGGUGUCAGAAUCUGACCAACACAUGCAUAAGGCAUCUACUGGAGCUCUGUGGACCAAACCUGAGGAAUCUCAAUGUUUCUUGCACAGCAAUGGACUUCUGUCUUUUGUGGUAUCUAUCUGGUUAUAGUUUGUCCUCAACGGUGCAGUUUGUUUUACAGGCAAAGAGGAAUCAAGAUGAGUCAUAUACAGAUGUGGCUUUUGAAGAACUUCUGGAGACAUUCAACUCCUUACAGAGGAGACUAGAUGAGAUGAAGAGAGGUGUCUUGGUUGAUAAGCUUCAAGGAGCAUCAUCAGAUGGUGGAGCUCAUGUACAAAAUGAUUCAAGAGAAACUGAUUUUAAGAAAGAUUCAUCGGUGAAUUCUAAAACCGUUUCAAAAGAGCAGAUCGGUGGACUUGGUGCAUCAGCAAUUGAAUGUGAGGACCUAGUACCAGGUAGCAGCUGUCCAUACAGCAUAGCAAAUGGUACUGAAAAUACUGCAAAUAUGGAUUGGUUGGAAGAUGAAGAUUCAAUUGCAUCACCACAAUGUGAACCUCUGGAUGCUGCAGGAAACUCUGUGGUGCUCAGUAACAGUGAGUUUGAUCAAUCAGGACUAGCUUCUGACUUAUCAAAUUGUUUUGAAACCUGUAUUGACUCAAAUGUGGAUACAAAACAUGGCACAAGUGUGUGUAGCAAUAGAGAAGUCAGUAUUGAAAUUGAUUCUGAAGAAAGCAAUGGCAUGUUAAAUAAAGUAAAUUCAAGUUGCAAUGCUGAAGCUAGUGAAACGGUCUUCCCAGAUCCCCAAACCAGGAAUGCAAGUGAAUCUGAGAAGCUUCAUCAUUUUGGUGAUGAAAGUGAGCUGCUCGUAACAGCUGAUAUGAACAUGAAUGUUACAAAUCCAUGUGAUGACAGCAUGCAAUGCCAGUUGUGUGGUCGUAUCAAUAGAACUUGCAGAUUCAGUAACACUGGAUCAGCAAGUGGGAUUCUUGAACAAAACAAUGAGUCAGUUGAUUAUGGAAUUCCAAUAAAGCUCACUGAUCAAGUCCGUAUAAUAAGUGAUAUAUCAGCCAGCAACCCAAAAGAUAGCAAAUGUGAUCUUGAUCAAAACCAGAGGAAUGUUAAUUCAAGUAUCCUAAAACAUGUGAAGAGUGAUUCAUAUUUUGCUAUGGAAAGCAGAUGUGAUCAAUGUCAAGAUUCCGCAAUACUUGUAGAAGAUGGUCACACAAAUACACAGGCAAGCCAAAUGAUACCUGCAGGUUACAUGCAUCAAGAUGUGCUGGAAACUCCUCAUUUGCCAAGUGACAAGUGUCAUUCGGAAUGCCCAAGAUUUUUAUCUUGUGAUGAGCACAUAUAUGAGAAGACUGGACAAAGUAUGUUGCAAGAUUCUGAUCCUUCUCCGUGUGUAGAGUUGGCCUCAGCAUGCGCAUUUCAAUUGGCUUCUGCAACAGCUACCUAUAGAGCCAUGGAAACUACUAACGUGAGUGGGAAUGAAAGUUUGCAAGAGAACACCUCGAGUGUGACAAAGCGUAACCUAGCGUCACCUGUUGAAGGGACUGCUGUGUGUUGUGCUAUAGAGAUGAAAGAGAGCAGCUCAUCAAGUGGAAAUAGGAGUUCAUCUGUGGAUGGAAGCACUACUGAACCUCCUGUUGGUAUGCAUUCCACCUCUGAGAUGACUAAUGAUGGCACAAGGACUUGUUGGUCCACAGAACCUAGAGAUUGUCUUGAUUCUUCAUUGCCAGCUGCAUUGCAAAAUCCUGUAUCUCGCCUCUUUGAACCAAACAUAGUCUCACUUGACAUAAGUUUUAUUGGGUUGAACGAUGCUGUACAUGUAGUUUCAUCUUGUUUGGAGGACUGCUUUUCAGUCAACCAUCAGGUCAAGGAAUUGGUCCUGUCUCAGAAAGCCCUAACAGAUGCCAUGUUGGAUAUCAUCUCUAAGAAUGUCAAAGAUUUGAGAAAUUUCAAAAUGUACGAAUGUCAAGAAAUCAGCAAUGAAGGUCUUGCAUCAUUCUUGAAAGGAUGUCCUAAUCUCCAAUAUUUGGAUGUUCAAGGCCCAAGCCAUAUUGGUGAUCAAGGGGUAUAUCCAAUCUUUGAGCAUGGUGAGAAUAACAAAUUGAGCGUUAUCAAGCUGUCAGAGACAUGUAUCACUGAUAUCACCCUCCACAGAAUAGCAACAACUAUUGGCCCCAAGCUUCAGGAGUUAGUGCUACUCUGGUGCGAUGAUGUCUCUGAUGCAGGGCUUUACAAGAUAGCUCAUCACUGCCCAUCUCUGACGACGUUGCUUCUAAGGCAGCGCACCAUGCGGUCAGAAACACUUCAGGCCUUCGUGUACAAUUGUCCUCACCUAAAGGAUGUUGGGUUGUCUUCAAUUAGUUGUAUAACUGGGGAACUCAUGGAAUCUCUAGCUUCUAGACUCAAGAGACUUAAAAGACUUGAUGUCAGCUGGAAUUUUGAUUUAACGAACCAGGCUGUCUCAGCCAUCUUGUCAUCUUGUCCAGUCUUGGAAGAGCUAUUACUGUGUGGUGUCAGGCAGAUCACAGAAAAGCCUUUCCUAUCUAUCAUAGCAAAUUACCCCAAGUGGAAGAGAUGUCGGUUACUAAUUCAAGUGAAAAUGAGAGAACAAAAACUGAGAAGAGAUACUGGGCUUGCUCAGCUUUCGAGUGAUGAGGAAUUUGAAGAUCUUUACGUUCCUCACCGUUCAACCAGCUAUGCUCCAUCGCUUCAGAAUCUAGACUUGCAGUACUGUGACCAUGUCAAUGACAAUCGUCUCCAGGAAAUUGUGGCUGUCUGCAAAGGCGCCCUCAACAUCAUAAAUUAUUAUGGAGAGGACAUCAGGCCUAAGCUCCUGCAUUCAGUGUAGUUUGGGCUUCCCGGACUGGACAUUCCAUUCUAAUUCCAUCCAAGAAUUUGCAGAAGAUGCAAAUUUGAGAUUGAAAAACCACAUAAGUUUCAUUCAUGAGUCAAACUGGGAAGGAUGACAAUUUGUAAGCUAUCUGAAAAAGCCGUCUCCAGUUUGGUUCUAUUGAAGGAUUGCUGCUCACAAGUGCAGAGGAAUUUGGGAUAACCAUUCUACAAUAUACGUCACUGGUUAUGUGGUUUAUUCACCUCAAUUGGAUGUUAUAGAGAUCUUGUGUACACAUGCAGUAUGGGAUUGAAUAUUUUAUUCCCGGACAAGACACUAGGGCUAUUCCAUGUAGAUGUAUGCAAAGUUACAACCCUACAGAUGGCCGGAAUGUGGCAGGCCAUCUGAGUGCCUCAGUAGUUGUGAAUUCAUCAGUGUAGUACAAGAAAUAGUUUUGGACUGUAUAGUUGUCCUUGUUUACAAAUGCAUUAUCAGCCAUUCAGUAAACUCAUUUUAAACUA